AUGGUACUUGCUCCAUCGUUGUUGGGAGCCCUUGCACACUCACUGAAUACCAAUGACACAGACUCAGCAGGCUCUGCAUUGGAGGACAUGAUAGAGAUAGCAGAACAGGCGCCCCGUUUCUUUAGGAAGCACCUUCCAGAUGUGGUGUCGGCCAUGCUCCAGAUUGCCGAGACAGAUAGUCUGGACGACAGUGUACGGAAACUUGCGGUCGAGCUACUGCUCACCCUCUUUGAGAGGAGAGACCAGCUGCCUGGGCUACUGAAACGCCUCCCAAAUUUUGUGCAGAGGCUGUUUGGGACUCUGUUGUUCUUCCUGUUGGAUGUGGAGGAUGUCCCAGAGUGGCACCAAGCCACCGAACCUGAAGACGAGGACUCUGGACACGGUGAGAGGUUUGAGGUUGGCCAGGAGUGCCUGGACCGCAUGGCCAUGGCCUUGGGUGGCAACGUGGUUGUGCCUGUGGCGGGCAGUAUGCUAAACAUGUGGAUCGGGGACCAGGACUGGAAGAAGAGGCACGCGACACUCAUCUGCCUGGCACAAAUAGCAGAAGGAUGCGCAAAGGUCAUGCUUUCAGAGGUGGAUGCGCUAACUGACAUGUGCCUCAAGGGGGUACAGGAUGCACAAGUCAAGGUGCGCUGGGCGGCCUGCCAGGCCCUGGGCCAAAUGUGCACAGACCUGGGGCCUGAGCUCCAGGAAUCCCAACACCAGAAGAUUCUGCCAGCCCUGAUCACAGUCAUGAACGACAACUCGAACCCCAGAGUGCAAGCCCAUGCCGCAGCUGUUGUGGUCAAUUUCAGUGAGUGCUGUGAGCCUGAGCUGCUGGAGCCCUACCUGGAGGCGAUCAUCGGCAAGCUGCUGCAGCUGCUGCAGCAUGGCUCCAAGGUGGUCAAGGAGGGCGCCCUGACGGCGAUGGCCAGUGUUGCGGACUGUGCUGAGACAGGUUUUGAGAAGUAUUACGACUCGGUGAUGCCACUGUUAAGGAGCAUCUUGCUGGGUGCCGCCAACAAGGACCACCAGCUGCUGAGGGCAAAGGCACUGGAGUGUGUUUCCCUGGUUGGCAUGGCCGUUGGCCGGGACCGAUUUCGACCUGAUGCGCCCGAACUUAUGCAGGUCUUGAACCAUCUGCACAACUCAAAAUUGGAUGACGAUGACCCGAUCACCGGCUACCUCCUGCAGGCGGGCGCCAGGCUGUGCAAAUGUAUGGGUCAAGAAUUCUUGCCCUACCUGCACAUCGUGAUGCCGCCCCUGUUGAAGGCUGCCCAGCAGGAUCCUGAUGUGAAGGUCUUGCCCAUUGACGAUGAUGAGCUGGAUGCGAUCGGAGAUGCAGACGAUGAGGACAGCGAAACAAUAGUUAUUGGUGACAAGUUCGUCCAAAUCCGAACAAGUGUGCUCGAGGAAAAGGCCACUGCCUGUCAAAUGUUGCGGUGUUAUGCGGAUGAGCUGAAGGAUGGGUUUGCACCUUAUGUGAAGGAGGUGACAGACAUCAUGGUACCGUUGUUGAAGUUUUACUUCCAUGAAGAUGUUCGAAAGGCAGCUGUUCAGGCGAUGCCUGACCUCCUGCAGUCUGUGGUGGUUGCCGCGAACAAGUCCAAUGGGGCCAACAUGCCCUUUGUGAAGGAGAUGCUGGACUACAUAUGGCCGAACAUGAUGCAAUCCAUGUCCAAGGAGAUGGACCUGGAUGUGCUUACCACUUUCCUGGACGCCACGUCAAGCAUAGUGGAUAUUGUGGACAGGCAGCUCCUGGACGAGCAGAAGGUUGAGUCCUGCUUCCAAAAGUUCGAGAACAUCUUGAAGGCAAGCGAGAAAAGGAGGAAGGAGCGCAUGAAGGAAAGGCAGGAGCAGCAGCAGGAGGAGCAUGACGAGUAUGAGGCUGAGGCGCUUGACGAAGAGGAUGAAGAGGAAAACGAAAUGAUUGAUGAGGUUGGCUCCUGUAUUGGCGCCUUCCUCAAGAAAUUCAAUGAUGCCGUCCUACCUCUCCUAGAGACCCUCAUGCCCAUCCUUGGGACUCUGUUAGAGAAGACCAGGACGCCUGCGGAACGGAGGAUUGGCAUAUGUGUCAUGAUCGAUGUGCUUGAGCACUCUCCAGCGGGUGGCGACAAGUAUGUGCGCGAGGUGCUCCCAAUCCUGAUGGAAGCCAUGCGAGAAGAGGACCCCGAUCUGAGACAAUGUGCUGUGUUUGGGGUGGGAGUGGUGGUGACGAAAUUCCCCCAGAUUUUCAAGACGUAUGUCAACAACGUGAUCCCCAUCCUGAUAUCCAUCCUGCAACAUCCCUCUGCAUGCGCAGCUGGCAACGAGAUGGCCACUGACAACGUGGUCUCCACUCUGGGCAAGGUCCUGCAAUCGCACCCAGACUCCAUGGACGGCCGCAUGAUUGCAGAGCUCUGGCUGCACAGCCUGCCCAUCGUCAACGACACGGUGGAGGCCAAGAGUGUGCACGCGCAGCUGGUGGCCAUGGUGGAGUCAGGAGACACGCGAGUGCUGGGAGACAGCAACAAGAACCUGCCACAGGUGAUCGACGUCUUCGUGCAGGUGCUGGGGCAUGGACGGGAGGUGGUGGCCAAGGAUGUGGGUGCACGGAUGGUGGCGUUGAUGAACCAAAUGCAGGGCAGCCUGCCAGCAGAGGUUGUGCAGGCGUCGCUGGCCAAACUGUCCAGCAAGCAGCAGCAGGCAUUCCAAUCCUGGAUGGCUGGGAGUUCAGAGGGCUGA